CACUUCCUUCCUUUGACGUUAUGCCUGCACCCGACGCUCCGCCGACCUAUGAGUUGCAGCAGCAACCAGAACAACCACAAUCACAAUCCUCACAGCAACAACAGCCUCAGAAACUACGUGGCUACACGCCAGCUGCUGUCCUUAACUACAUUAUAAAUAAUCUGCGGAUCGAUGACCAUGCUCCUUGUAAUCAUUCGCUUAUAUCCUUCCAAGAGCCGGCACAAACCGAUGACGACAGCAGUAACAACAAUAGUAACGAUCAAAUCGAAAAAGAGAACCUACCACCGCCAUCGGCAAUAACCGAGCAGCCAGGAGAAAAGAUACCACAGUUUCUUUGUUUAAACUGCCAUGCCGUUAUUACAAUCGAGCCAAAUGCGGUCGAAUUACGCGACACUUGCUUGGCUGAAGGCUAUUCGACGCAUCACUUUCACGAAAACAGUGCCACGCAGUUCGAAUGUUGUGGAUGCCAUUACGGAGUGGAGUUCUCGAUCCAAGCACCACCCAUUCCACUUGCAGUGCUGCACAGUUUGACGGACGAACGCUCAAUAUUUCGCACCAGCGUGGAAGCAGCUCGCGGUGACCGUUCGCCAACGGUGAUUGAUGCGCUAAUUUUGUUACAGACCUAUGUAUGCGGUUUGCUCAAAGGCAGCCGCAGGGACAUUAAUGCAAACAACGCACACUUUCGAACGCGCAUCGGUGUAGAUCAAGCCAGUCAAUCGGUUUUAGCAGCUAUUGGUUUUACAUAUGAUGAGCAGUCGCUUCAUUUCAAGUCGCCAACCGAUGGUAGUCCAGCACUAGAGCGACAGCGGUUAUUGCUAUGCUAUGGUCAGCUCUUGGCCAUGUGCUACGAAUUACGCCAAGAAGUGCCAGCCACUGCCGGGACUGACCAAUAUUAUGACGCUGUAAACUCUGUUCAACAUGCCGAUCUGGAAGCACGCACUGCAUUAGGCGCCAACAACUUUUUGGAACCCGGCGUACCAUCAAAUACCAAUCCAAAAGUAGUCGCUUCAUAUGGGGCUCUAGGCACAGUGCCAGGUGCACAGGAUGAUCUAGUGAUAUGGCUGUACCGCAAGAUGGUGGAGGAGCAGCCAAACCAGGUUGGCUUUGCAAUGGAUGCGUUGGUGGCGGUUGCUGAAUCUCGAAGCAGUGAGACUUUGUUGACGGAAGUGGCUAUAGAGCGAAGUCAGGGACGUUUGGGUGAAAACGAGGUCAAGGAUGCGUAUACCUAUUUCGGUUAUAAUGAUGAUCCGAAAAAUGCAGACGAUCGAUUGCUUGCUGGAUUGUAUGACGUCAAGGUGUCGGACGAACCAAACGAUCAAGCGACACAUCGGAUGAAGCUGGGUAUCAUUGCCGAAGCCCGGAAUAGCGAGGUGCUGCAUGAUCUUUUGCGCGGUCCAAACUCAGGGAAGCUGCAAUUAGGCGACACACCUGUUGGACUAAACAAUAUCGGAAAUACGUGCUACCUCAAUAGCUUGCUUCAGUAUUAUUUCACUCUGACGCCGUUUCGCAGGGCAAUCCUUCAUGUAGACGACUACGUGGAAAAUGAAGAUGACCCAGAAUGGUCACCGAAAAAGAUCGGUGGUAUAGAAGUUGAUCAAAAGGAAGUGUACCGGGCAAAAAAAUUCGUGUUUCUGUUGAAGGAUCUAUUUACAAAUCUUGAAAAUGCUUCGCAACGUGCUAUCUCGCCCGAGUACGACCUCGCGUAUAUGGCACUUUUGAACGGUCGGUCCGUUGAAAAUGAUGCGCCUGCCGAUACAAAAGGAGAAUCAUCGUCUGGCUCUUCUAAAAAGGAGCCCGAGCAAGGCAAAGCGGCUGAAUUACAAGUAGAAAAGCAGGAUGAGUCAGAGUCUCAACAACAAUCUGCGGAUCUGGAUACGGAAAUGACAGAAGCUCAAGUACCAGGAACUCAGGAGCAAAAGCAGCAGCAGCCAGAAGAAGUGGAAAAGGAAGAACUAUCUCCGACUACACCGGCUCCAGUAUCGAAAACCGCAGACACUCCUGGCAGCUCCGAGCCUUUGCCUCAGGUUCCAGACAAUGACAACAUCAAUGAAGCUGUUAAAGAAGAAAUCGAAACAGCACCGCAACCACAGCCGGACGAGCUACCACCCGCUUAUGAGGACGUAAUCAUGGAAGACGAGCGGCCUAGCAUUCCAGAUAAGAAGCAUCUACUGGACAAGCCGUUACCAAAACCACUUCCAGGUACGCCACCUGCUCUUCCGCCACGCGAUCCACGACCUAGCGCUGCAAACAUCAUGUUUGGCAAACAACAGGAUGUUACUGAAUGCAUGGGCAACGUCAUGUAUCUAGUCGAGGCAGCACUCAAGCCAUUAGAAAAGAAAGAAAAUGGGGAGCAAAUACGAGACAUCGUGCGAGAUCUAUUCUAUGGCAAGGCACGACAAAUCCUGACAUACGAGGACACUGAGACAUCGAAGCAAGUGCGUAAAGUGCAAGAGGAAGACUUUAGUCAUGUCAUUGUGGAUGCUGCCGAAGGCAAGGACUUGUAUGAUGGUCUGGACGAGUACUUUUUCGCGGAUCGGGUAGAGGAUUUCCAUGCCGGUCGAGGAGCCAUGCGUGAAGUCACUGUUAGUACGUUCCCACCAAUACUCCAGAUCCAGGUUCAGCGAGUUCAAUUCGAUCGGACAACUGUCAACGUUUACAAAUCCAAUGCUUUUGUGAAGUUCGACAAGAUGCUUUAUCUCGACCGAUACUGCGAAUAUAACUUUGAGCAACUCGCCGUUCGUCGUACACAAGUAACUGGAUGGCGUAAGGAACUUGAAUCCAACCAAAGCGUCAUUCACAAACUUACUGACACCAAGACAUAUCCGAUGCCUAUACCUGAACUGCUGGAAGCAGCAUCAUCUAUCUUGGAAGAGCAUAUAAAAGACAGCGAUGAUGCAGCAACAAAUGAAGAGGACGUUGCCAAGUACAAGCAAGCGUUGGAGCUUUUGCGACAAAACGAAAGGGAGAUUCGAGAAAAGAUCCACAUUAGUCAAGCCAAUAUACAAGAAUUGCAGCAAAAGAUCCAUGGUCAAUACGAUGAUUUGAAACAAGUUGCUUAUCGCUUGCACGCAGUGUUUAUUCACCAAGGUCAAGCAAACUAUGGUCAUUACUGGAUUUAUAUCUACAACCACCAAAAAGAACAAUGGUGGAAGUACAAUGAUUCAAGAGUUACCAAGGUUGAAGAAUCCGAGAUUUUACAAAACACUACAGGAUCGACUGCCAACCCUUACUUUCUGGUAUAUAUCAAGGACUCUGACGCAGAUGAGCUUGUACAGACGUCGGUCCCCAACAGUGAUGAGAACAGCGGUGCUGAACAACAAGGAGAGGAACAACAGCAGCCAAUGGAAGAGGUGUCAUAG